AUGAUCCUAGAUGAAGGCCAACGGUAUGGUUUCAUCUUGCCUCUCCAUUCUUCAGAAAUAACCUCCAUUAUGGGGGAGCCCAAUCACCUCUACGCUAAGGUUAGUCUUCCUCCUCCCAGGAAUCGCAACCGAAUCCAUGGCAUUGAAGCUAGCCAGCUGGAGACCUAUGUUUCCCUGGAAACGUUAGACCUCAGCUCAAAUAACAUCACAGAAAUCCGAAGUGGCUGUUUCCCAGUGGGGCUUCACAUCAAGGAUCUCUACCUGGGGAGCAACAGAAUCAGCAUCCUGGAGACCAAGGCUUUUAACAGCUUGUCACGAUCCCUGCUGACGCUUCGCCUGAGUAAAAACAGAAUUGUCCAACUUCCUGUUAAAGCAUUCAAACUGCCCCACCUAACACAACUAGAGUUGAACCGGAAUCGUAUCCGUUUGAUAGAAGGCUUAACAUUUCAAGGACUGGACAGUUUGGAAGUUUUGAAGCUGCAGCGCAACAAUAUAAGCAAGUUGACUGAUGGCGCUUUCUGGGGUCUGGCCAAAAUGGAGGUUCUGCAUCUGGAGCACAAUGUCCUCACAGAAGUGAACAGUGGUUCUCUAUAUGGCCUGGGUUCCCUUCAACAAUUUCAUUUGAAUAACAACCUGAUAUCCAGUAUCAGUCCCAUUGGAUGGAGCUUCUGCCAAAAGCUGAAUGAAUUGUCCUUGUCAUUUAACAACUUAACCAGGCUGGAUGAAGGGAGUUUGGCAGAUCUGGGAGGCCUGCAGAUCCUGCAGCUGAGUCACAAUUCCAUCAGUCACAUUGCAGAGGGAGCAUUCAAGGGGCUCAGAAGCUUACGUGUUCUGAAUCUGGAUCAUAACGAGAUUUCGGGAACAAUAGAAGACACCAGUGGAGCAUUUACAGGCCUGGAGAACCUAAGCAUGCUGACUCUGUUUGGAAACAAGAUCAAGUCUGUGGCCAAGGAGGCGUUCUCCGGCUUGGAGGCCCUGGAACACCUGAACCUUGGGGAUAAUGCCAUUCGGUCCAUUCAAGAGGACGCCUUUGCAAAACUGAAGAACUUGAAAGAACUCCGCAUCAACAGCGAGAGCUUCCUCUGUGAUUGUCAGCUCAAGUGGUUGCCACUUUGGUUAACCAAGAAAGAACAACAGCUGUUUGUGGAAGCCACCUGUGCCCACCCAGAAGCAUUAAAGGGCAGAAAUAUUCUUGAAGUGGUACCAGAAAGUUUUGUAUGUGAGGAUUUUCCCAAACCCAAAAUUAUUGUUGAACCAGAAACUACGAUGGCCGUCCUUGGCAAAAACAUUCGCUUCACCUGCUCAGCUGCUAGCAGCAGCAGCUCUCCGAUGACCUUUGCCUGGAAGAAGGACAAUGAGAUUCUGCACCACGCAGAGAUGGAGAACUUUGCACACGUCCGAGCCAGGGAUGGCGUGGUCAUAGAGUAUACUACCAUUCUGCACUUGCGCCACGUUACUUUUUCCCACGAGGGACGCUAUCAGUGCAUCAUUACCAAUCAUUUUGGCUCAACCUAUUCUCACAAAGCUCAGCUUACUGUUAAUGUGUUGCCAUCUUUCCUCAAAACUCCCCACGACAUUGCGGCCCGUGCAGGGACAACGGCUCGGUUGGAAUGUGCUGCUGGUGGGCACCCUACCCCCCAGAUUGCUUGGCAGAAGGACGGAGGAACAGACUUCCCUGCAGCUCGAGAGCGUCGCAUGCACGUCAUGCCCGACGAUGAUGUCUUUUUCAUCACAGAUGUGAAGAUAGAUGACAUGGGCAUUUACAGCUGCACUGCUCAGAAUUCUGCAGGUUCUGUGUCAGCAAAUGCCACCCUGACUGUGCUGGAGACUCCAAGUUUGGUUCAUCCGUUGGAAGAUCGUGUUGUAUCUGUUGGUGAAACUGUGGUUCUGCAAUGCAAAGCAACAGGAAGUCCACCUCCACGCAUCAACUGGCUGAAGGGUGACCGUUCUCUGACGGUUACUGAAAGGCAUCACUUUACUCCAGGCAACCAGUUGCUUAUUGUCCGGAAUGUUGUGUUGGAAGAUGCUGGGAAAUACACAUGUGAAAUCUCAAAUACAGUUGGAACAGAACGGGCACACAGCCAAGUCAGCGUAUUGCCUUCAUUUGGCUGCCGGAAGGAUGGAACCACCUUCGGAAUCAUCACUAUUGCUGUAGUAUGUAGUAUCGUAUUGACUUCUCUGGUUUGGGUGUGUAUCAUCUAUCAAACCAGGAAGAAGAGUGAAGAAUACAGUGUCACAAACACAGAUGAGACUAUUGUACCACCUGAUGUGCCAAGCUAUCUGUCCUCCCAGGGGACGCUUUCAGAUCGACAAGAAAUGGUUGGAAGAGUGGAAAGCAGUCAACAGCCCAAUGGUCAAAUCCAGAGCAAUGGUGUUUGCCAGAUCAAUAGAGGAAGGGAUCCAGAGGCUGAUGCUCACUCUGUUGUUUACCGACAGCCAAAGAUAUGCUUAGGCUAUAAUAAAGAGGCUUGGAAAGGAGAAGAUACUCCUGAUAGGAUGCUUCUUACAGACAAGACAGCCUAUAGCUUGCCUGCAGCAUAUACUGACUGCAAUGGAAGUGUAGAUACUGCGAGUGUCACCGUUUAUCCCAAGGAUCCAGAUUACUAUUCUCUGGCUGCAGAGGCCAUCCCUCCAAAUACUCCCAGUAACAAGGAGUCUGACAAGCAUGAUGGGAUACUUCCUGCUAACUGUCACAGCCCUCUGAACUCUAGUGUGGAGAGUAGAAAAUCAGAUGUCAAUGGCACCAUCUACCCUAGCAAUCAUGACAGGAUGGCAGCAGCUUGCCCAGGCAAGCCGUCUCUAGUGGACAGCAAAGGUAUCUUCAAGCCUCAAAACUGCAUUAGGGACCCAUUUUGGAGAACUGAACAGAGAACAAAGGAAGUUCAAUUGAAUGGUUUCCAACGCCCUUAG